UACAUUACAACACUUUAUUAAAUUAUUUAAUUAUAAAAAAUAAAAGAUGAGUUCAAAAACUCUGAUGUCUUGAGAACUCAAAAGGAACCCUAAUUUGUUUGUUCUUCUCUUCAUUAAUCAAUUCUAGUAUUUCUUCUUCUUCGUUCAUCUUUCUCCAAAUACUUAUUAUUUUUCUCCAAAUAUUGAAGAUGACGACAAUACGUAGGUUUUGCUGCAACGACCUUCUUCGUUUUUCAUCGGUGAAUCUCGACCAUCUCACUGAAACCUUUAACAUGUCCUUCUACAUGACCUAUCUCGCACGAUGGCCUGACUAUUUCCAUGUCGCCCAAGGCCCCGGAAAUCAAAUCAUGGGUUACAUUAUGGGUAAAGUAGAGGGACAAGGAGAAUCUUGGCAUGGCCAUGUAACAGCAGUAACUGUUGCUCCGGAGUAUCGCAGGCAACAGUUAGCCAAGAAACUGAUGAAUCUUCUUGAAAACGUCAGCGACAAUAUUGACAAAGCUUACUUUGUUGAUCUAUUUGUGAGAGCAUCAAAUGCACCGGCCAUCAAGAUGUAUGAAAAGCUUGGCUAUGUGAUUUAUCGACGAGUUCUACGUUAUUAUUCUGGGGAAGAAGAUGGACUGGAUAUGAGGAAGGCAUUAUCUCGUGAUGUUGAAAAGAAGUCCAUCAUCCCUCUUAAACGGCCAAUCACUCCUGAUGAAUUAGAGUAUGACUAAAUUUUUUCUUUUUAUGCAACUGUGUUGCAUGAGCUUAUUUUGUAUCUUAAGGCAAAUAUAUUGGUUAGGUAUUCUGUGUCCUAUGUAAGUUUAUAUUUGUUCUACUAUUAAAAAAACCCAUGUGAAGAAUUUUCUAGUACUACUUCAAUACUUAACUAUGUUUAGAAGAAAACCUUGUGGUUAUUUGGCUGGCUGUCAUCUAUAAAAAUUUCACUUAAUUAUUCCGCUCA